AUGACCGGUGAUACAGAGAGACAUGGGGGAACCAUCAGAUCUUGGCAUGAAGAGGCUCCCGCAAGUACUCGACCCAACACAGGCAUAUCUAGUCAAACCAUCAGGGCCACGCCGGCUCGAAGUAUGGCACAAGAGCGUUUCCCCCAGACGCACACGCCCGCUGCCGCCAACACAAAAAUAUCUAUAGCUGUGGAUCCUGUGGCUCUAAUCACUACAGAGUGUAUAACGGUCACCUCGGCAAUGAGAAAGCAUGCUCGAUGGGCGCAUUCAUCUGUUUCUACUAUUCUGGGAGGCGGCCCCUCAAUGGCCACUGGAAGUGAUAUCAGUCGGCUUCCAAGGCAGAACGAAAGGAGCUUGGGAACUGCACAGACUCAGGCUGGAAGGACGCCUAAUGGCGCCGUUGGGGAAGAUGACAGUCUGGCCAGUCGUUGGGGUCUUAGGGGAAAGAAAGGGAAGAGCAUGCAAGACAAUCCUUUGCUUUCUGCUUUCGCCCGCCUAAGGAAUGAUCUCAGAGGUUGCACAGAUAUCAGGAGCUUCGAUAUUCCUUCCUUGCUUCACCCUUUCCUCCAAGUCAUACGCUCUUCCUCGACUUCAGCUCCGAUCACUUCUCUUGCAAUCGUUGCCAUAACAAAGUUUUUCGCCUAUAACCUCAUAGACAGAGAUUCGCCCCGCCUUUCGUUGGCGAUGCAACUACUCUCCGCGGCUAUUACCCACUGCCGUUUUGAAGCGAGUGAUUCCGCAGCUGACGAGAUAGUACUCCUGGGAAUCUUGGAACUCAUGGAAAGCAUGCUUUCUGGCCCUGGAGGUGACCUGCUCGGGGAUGAAAGCGUCUGCGAGAUGAUGGAGACGGGUCUAAGCAUGUGCUGCCAGACACGUUUGUCCGAUUUGCUGCGACGGAAAGCGGAAAUGUCAAUGAUCAGUAUGUGCCAAACGAUCUUCGAGCGCCUAAAAUCUCUAGAAAUCGAGGCUGGCGAAGACCUCGGAGUGUUGGAAGCAGAUGGUGAAGAGAGCGCGAAUGUUGUUAUGAACGAUCCUGCUGUGAAUGGCACCACUGUUGGUCUACCGGCCCCUGGAGUCAAUGGCUCGGCUUCGACAGGCGUUGUCCGAGGCCCGAGGCAGACUACGGAAAGCCACAACAACGUCGAGCAGCUAUCUGAAGACCUGGAAUGUUCCUCUGCUCAGAUAAAUGCAGGUGCUUUAAAUCCAACGCUACCUAGCAGUGCUGAAAACUCGAACGCCACCCAGAUGAGCGCAAGCGCGUUAGACCUCACCCAGCACUCCGAGCAGAAUGCAGACGAAUCAGCUAUCAUCAAACCCUACUCUUUGCCAUCGAUCCGAGAACUUUUCCGGGUCCUUGUCGAUCUCUUGCAACCCCACAAUCGCCAACACGGUGACACUCUGAGAGUGAUGGCGCUCCGAAUAAUUGAUGUAGCUCUCGAAGUGGCUGGACCAUCUAUAGCUAAGCACCCUAGCCUCGCGACAUUAGCAAAAGACGACCUCUGCCGUUACUUGUUCCAAUUAGUGCGUUCCGAGAACAUGGCACUUCUAAACGAGUCACUGCGAAUCGCAGGAACACUGCUCGCAACAUGUAGAGAAGUGCUGAAAUUGCAGCAAGAGCUGUUCUUGUCCUAUCUAGUCGCUUGUCUUCAUCCGAGAGUCGAGAUCGAGGACGAGCUUGGCAUCGAUCCUGCUUUGUACGAAGGCGUUCCAAAGACCCCCAAGCUCGUGAGACCGGCAGCUUCUCCUCAGGCGGGCAGCGGUCGAUCGACGCCAGUGCCAAUCAAAGAGCGUCAAAAGCUCGGACUAGAGGGUGGUUCAAGGAAGCCCGACGCCAGAGAGGCCAUGGUGGAAAGUAUAGGCGCACUAUCCCGAAUGCCCAGUUAUCUCGUCGAGCUUUACAUCAACUACGAUUGCGAGGUCGAUCGCAGCGACCUGUGCGAAGACCUUAUAGGCCUACUUUCACGAAACGCAUUCCCGGAUUCGGCACGAUGGAGCACCACCAACGUACCGCCUUUAUGUCUCGACUCUCUGCUAGGAUAUGUUCAAUUUGUUGCAGAUCGUCUAGAUGACAAUCCAGUAUACCAGGAUUAUCCUGACAUCAAGAGAUUGCAAGAGCAGCGAGCUCGCAAGAGAAUUAUUAUUCGUGGUGCUACAAAGUUCAAUGAGAACCCCCGGGCCGGAAUUGCGUUCCUAGCUUCGCAUGGCAUCGUGGACAAUCCUGAUGACGCUCAGUCAGUUGUCGCAUUUCUCAGAGGCACGACGAGAAUAUCGAAGACUGUCCUUGGUGAGUAUCUUUCAAAGAAGUCUAAUGGGCACCUCCUAGGAGCAUUUCUGGACAUGUUCGACUUUACCGGCAAAAGGGUGGACGAAGCAUUGAGAGACCUGUUGAACUCAUUCCGUUUGCCGGGCGAAUCGGCACUCAUCGAGCGGAUCGUGGCGGUCUUCUCUGAGAAGUACUGUGGCAAUGCUACGCCUGAAGGUAUCGCUAACGUAGACGCUGUACUCGUCCUUACCUAUGCGAUCAUCAUGUUGAAUACAGAUCAGCAUAAUCCCAAUGUCAAGAAGGACAAACGGAUGACAUACAACGACUUUGCCAGGAACCUACGAGGAGUCAACGGGGACAAAGACUUCGCUCCUAAAUACCUCCAAGAGAUAUACGACUCCAUCAAGAGUAACGAGAUUAUUCUUCCUGAUGAACAUAAUAAUAAGCAAGCUUUCGAUUAUGCUUGGGAAGAGCUUCUUGUCAAGGCGCGAACCUCCGGACCUUUGACUAUGUGCAAUACGAACAUUUAUGACGCUGACAUGUUCAGCGCAACGUGGAAACCCAUCGUUGCAACGCUGUCUUAUGUUUUUAUGUCUGCCUCGGACGACGCCGUCUUCUCUAGAGUCGUUCUCGGUUUCGAUCAGUGCGCUCAAAUUGCAGCUAAAUAUGACCUUACAGAUGCCCUUGAUCACAUAAUAUUUUGUCUCAGCUCGAUGUCUUCCUUGGCUUCAGAUGUUCCUACGAAUACCUCACUCAAUACAGAGGUUCAGGCCGAAAAGAAGAGCGUCAUGGUUAGUGAGCUUGCUGUCAAAUUUGGACGGGACUACAAAGCUCAGUUGGCUUGUGCCGUAUUGUUCCGGCUAGUACCAAGGAAGGAGUCUAAGAUCAGAAACGGAUGGGAUCACAUUGUUCGCAUCUGGCUCAACUUAUUCGCUAAUUCGCUCUUGGCGCCUUCCUUCUCCAAGUCUGAGGACUUGCUCGAUAUUUCCCCAAUACCGCUGCAACCGCCAUCUCAAGUCAUUGACCGUGAACAACGCAGUAGUGAAGGCGGGCUUAUCCAGACUUUUAGUUCUUUCCUCUCGAGCUAUGCAGCGGACGACCCUCCUGAGCCAUCCGAAGAGGAGCUUGAGAGCACUCUUUGCAGUGUUGAUUGCAUUGACUCGUGUCCGAUGACCAAAAUAUUCUCAAAGAUUCUGGCAAUGCCACCUCAAAGUCGCCAAAGCCUCGUUCGCGCUCUUCUCAAACAAUUGCCGGAGCCAUCUUCGCCCGCUGUUAUCGUUGUAAGGCCGGACAGAAGUGGCCCUGCUCCUACCAGGACGAACGGUCAUCGGGCAAAUUCAUUGAAACCAGCAUAUGAUCCGUCGGUGGUGUUCGUACUUGAAUUGGCAACAAUAGUGGCGACGCGAGACCAUGUGUCCGUUACGCUGAUGGGUCAGGCUGUGGCAGACGCUCUUCAAAUUGUUGUGAGAGACGCCGCUAACGUACACCCUCUGAUACUGGCACGAGCAGUCUUCUACCUCCUCUACCUUUUGAACGCAAGCCAGGAUCACUCGUUUGUUCGCGCACCCGUCAUACUUCAUACUAUUGCAGGCUACGACCAAGCAAUCCUGGAGAAGGCCUCAAUGCCCAUUCUGAAUGGCUUGACACUCUGCAUCCGAGAUCCCAGCCCGCUCAGAAAUGAGGUCACCAAUACCCCCGAUUUUUGGUCUAUAAUACGAAGCCUCCAUACGUUGCCAGACGCUGCAGGUAAGGCUUUCGAUCUAGUGGCAAGGGUGGUGGUCGGACAGCAGGCUGCAGUGACCGCAGAUAACUAUAAAGAUACUGUCUCAUUGUUGAAUGGUUUCGCCGCUGUGGGAAGUGUUGGAGCAGUAGUCGAACAGAAGCGCGACAAGACCGCCCGACGAAAGGAAAAGCCCACGAAGUCAGCCAAGCCUCGCGAGAAUGAAGUCGUUGACCGUGGGUAUCAAGCUGUUGUCAUGAUCUAUCAGUUGACCAACAGAGUUCCCGCUCUCAUCAAGCAGUCUCAUCUAGAGAGAAAAGAAGCAUGGUUGACGUAUUGGUCGCCCAUAUUCGAAGCCCUUCGUUCUCAAUGUCUCAACCCAUGUCGAGAAAUCAGACACCAAGCGUUUUCAUGCCUGCAAAACUCAUUACUCUCGCCGGAGUUGGCAUCUGCGGACCAUCAGGAAUGGACGGCAAUCUUUGGGGAAGUCCUCUUCCCACUGAUAUCUCGGCUUCUCAGACCGGAGAUCUACCAGACAGACCCUGUUGGGAUGAGCGAUACCAGGGUACAAGCUGCCAAUCUGCUCUGCAAGAUCUUCUUGCACUAUCUUGUUCUGUUGUCGGAGUGGGACGGCAUGCUAGACCUGUGGCUCCGAAUUUUGGACAUAAUGGAUCGCUUAAUGAAUAGCGGCCAAGGGGACAACCUCGAAGAGGCUGUUCCCGAAAGUCUCAAGAAUAUACUACUGGUUAUGGCCGACGGUGGCUUCAUCCAACCACCAUCAGAUGGCUCACCACCUACCGAGCUCUGGGAUGAGACGUGUAAACGAGUGGACAGAUUUUUGCCGGACCUGAUUGCGGAGAUUUUUCCUCAAGUCAAUGCUCCCCCGCCAGAGACCAAGCCUCCUGAAAGCGAGGACAAAGCGCCAGCUGAGCUAGCAGCAGCGCAAAAGCAAGCUUUGAAGGCAGAGCCUCCUCCAGCAGUCGAGCAGCCAAAGGAAGAAUUAGACUGA